AUGAGUGUCGCUAUCAAAACUUAUCUUGAAAAAGCAACACUAAAAAAGGGAGCAGAUCGUCUCGUUAGAUACUUAGAUGACAAGGGAUACAAAACCGCAAUUGUUACUAGUAAUGAUCCACAAAUAGCUGAGGCUUUAUCAAAAUCCAACAAUAUUCGCCAUUUAUUUGAUGCAAUUUGUUCCUCCAAUGAAGUCGUUAAAGCCAAACCCGAACCAGAUGUUUACCUCCAUGCUGCUCGCAAACUAGGUGUACAACCAAAAGAUUGUUUAACUUUUGAAGACACUGUCAGCGGCAUAACAUCUGGCAAGAAGGCUGGAAUGAAAGUUUGCGCUAUUUUUGAUACAAACUCUGUUUCUUCUGAUCCAACAAAGAAACAGCUUUCUGAUUUUUAUAUCAAUGACUUUGAUGAAGUUCUUGAUAACACAUACGAAAUUCUUCAUCAAGUUGACACAGCACAGAAGUAA